AUGGGUUCAGCAGGUCCUCAAUUUGAUGUUUGGUCCAACUACCUCAACACCAUUGAUGGAAAGCAAGUCGGCACCGAGAAAACCCGACAUGGCAUCAACCCUGCCACAGGCAAGCCGAACCCAGAAGUUCCCGUUGCAACAGCAAAGGACGUCGAUGCAGCAGUUGAGGCUGGCAAGAGGGCCUUUGUGACCUGGAGCAAGACCUCUUGGGAUGAGCGCCGGAAGGCUGUCGCUGGCUUGGCCGAUGCUCUCGAGAAGCACACCAAUGACUUUGCUAAGCUUCUGACGCAGGAGCAGGGUAAGCCCAUCCAAUUUGCCCAGGGUGAGGUCGGUGCCGGCGUCAUGUGGCUUCGCGCCUUCAACAAGCUCGAGCUCCAGGAAGAGGUCAUUCAAGAGGAUGACGACAAGAAGAUCAUCCAGCGUUACACGCCGCUCGGCCUGGUCGUUGGCAUCGUGCCCUGGAACUUCCCCAUCCAUCUCGCGUGCGGCAAGAUCGGCCCUUCAGUGCUCACCGGUAACCCCAUCAUCAUCAAGCCGUCCCCCUUCACGCCAUACUGUGACCUCAAAAUCGUCGAGCUAGCACAGCAAUUCUUCCCACCAGGCGUUGUCCAGGCCCUUUCUGGUGGAGAUGACCUCGGCCCUAUGCUCACCGCGCACCCCGGCCCCGACAAGAUCUCCUUCACUGGCAGCACAGUCACCGGCAAGAAGGUGAUGGAGUCAGCCGCAAAGACUCUCAAGCGUGUGACACUGGAGCUUGGAGGAAACGACCCAGCGAUCGUUUGCGCCAACGUCGACGUGGCCGCCGCCGCUCAGAAGGUCACCUCGCUUGCCUUCAUGAACUCGGGCCAGAUCUGUCUCGCCGUCAAGCGCAUCUACGUGCACGAGUCCAUCUACGAGCAGUUCCGCGACGAAGCCGUCAAGUUCGCCAAGUCGAUCAAAUCCGGCGAGGGCAAUGAGGAGGGCGUCUUCCUCGGCCCCGUGCAAAACAGCAUGCAGUUUGAAAAGGUCAAGACCUUCUUCUCCGACAUCGAAAAAGAGAAGUGGAAUGUCGCUGUGGGCGGCAAGAACGACGAUAGCAAGCCCGGGUAUUUCAUCACGCCCACCAUCAUCGACAAACCGGCCGAGGACAGCCGCAUUGUGACCGAGGAGCCUUUCGGGCCCAUCGUACCACUCCUGACCUGGAAGGACGAGGACGACGUCAUUGCGCGCGCCAACAACACCAAGAUGGGCUUGGGCGCGAGCGUCUGGUCCAACGACCUCGACCAGGCUGGCAGGAUUGCGAGACAGUUGGAGGCUGGUAGCGUCUGGGUGAAUACGCACUUGGAGCCCGAUCCAAAUGCGCCGUUUGGCGGACACAAGGAGAGUGGCAUCGGCUUCGAAUGGAGCAUCGGCGGCCUGAAGGCAUUCUGCAACGUGCAGAGCUUGUUCCUAAAGAAGAAGGUGUGA